AUGGCCCCGGCUGCUGACAUGACUUCUUUGCCACUCGGUGUCAAAGUGGAGGACUCCGCCUUCGGCAAGCCGGCGGGAGGCGCCGGGGGCCAGACCCCCAGCACCACUGCGGCCACGGCGGCCGCCAUGGGCGCGGACGAGGAGGGGGCCAAGCCCAAAGUGUCCCCUUCGCUUCUGCCCUUCAGCGUGGAGGCGCUCAUGGCCGAUCACAGGAAGCCCGGGGCCAAGGACAGCGUCCUGGCGGCCUCCGAAAGCGCGCAGGCGGCGGGCGGCUCGGCGCAGCCCCUGGGCGCCCGGCCCGGGUCGUUGGGCGCCCCGGAUGCGCCGUCCUCGCCGCGGCGGCUCGGCCAUUUCUCGGUGGGAGGACUCCUCAAGCUGCCAGAAGAUGCGCUCGUCAAAGCCGAGAGUCCCGAGAAGCCCGAGAGGACCCCGUGGAUGCAGAACCCCCGCUUCUCCCCGCCCCCGGCCAGGCGGCUGAGCCCCCCGGCCUGCACCCUGCGCAAGCACAAGACCAACCGCAAGCCGCGGACGCCCUUCACCACCGCGCAGCUGCUGGCGCUGGAGCGCAAGUUCCGCCAGAAGCAGUACCUGUCCAUCGCCGAGCGCGCCGAGUUCUCCAGCUCGCUCAGCCUCACGGAGACGCAGGUGAAGAUCUGGUUUCAGAACCGCCGGGCCAAGGCCAAGAGACUGCAGGAGGCCGAGCUGGAGAAGCUGAAGAUGGCCGCUAAACCCAUGCUGCCGCCCGCCGCCUUCGGCCUCUCCUUCCCACUCGGCGGCCCCGCGGCCGUGGCGGCCGCCGCGGGCGCCUCGCUCUACGGCGCCUCUGGCCCCUUCCAGCGCGCCGCCCUGCCCGUGGCGCCCGUGGGACUCUACACAGCCCACGUAGGCUACAGCAUGUACCACCUGACAUAGAGGGCCCAGGGUCGCGCACCUGCGGUGCCAGCUGAUUCCUCCAGCGCCGAUCCCGGGCGAGCAGCAGGAGGCUUCCUCUGCUCGCUCCCCUGUUCGGCACCCACUGGCUCCUUCCCCUUAAGCCCCGCACGGCUGUGGUUUCUCCUCGGUUGCUCCCCGAGUUCAUUCUCUGAAGUCUGAUCCCCUCCCUAAAAGUGGCUAGAAGGGUCCCCUCGAACUCUUCUAGAAUCUAGAUCUUCCCUCUCCUGUUAGAGAUGGGGAAACAGUGGCCCGAGAGGCUGAGAAAUCUAUCCCAAGCCCCCAGCAGAGUUCGCGGUGGGACCGCAAGUAGGGGCCUUUGCUCCUGCAUCCAUGGCCAGCUGCCUCCUGUCCUGACACCAGACAGGAAAAGCCCAGACAAAUUCAUGUUGGAAGAUUUUGGAAAUGAGAACGGUCGGAGAAAAGAGAAUAACUGUCCGGGGGAGACAGGUCCCAGCUCCUUCCACUGGAAAACUUCAGCAGCAAAACAUUUGGCUUUGGGGGGGGGGGGUAUACACAGAUGCGUGACAAAGGUAGGUUACCAGUACCAGAAAGAAAUGUAAAAUAAAAAUUAAAAAUUCUGUUUCUAUUUAACAGUGCAUUGGGGUGGCUCUCGCGAUUCCCUUUGGAAGGGACUGUUGUAAUAUACUGUAUAUUUGAAAUUUUAUUAUCAUUUAUAUUAUAGCUAUAUUUGUUAAAUAAAUUAAUUUUAAGCUAC